AUGGGACGUUUCCGGAUGAUAAGCUACGCUGGCUGCGGCUUCAACGGCGCUUACUAUCUCGGAGUCAACAAAGUCUUGCUUGCUAAUUUGUCGAAAUUCAUUGAAAAAGAGCCUCUUUACGCAGGAGUAUCGGCAGGAUCUAUUUCAGCAAGUUCAGCAGCAGUUUUUGGACUGAGAACAGAUGAUUAUGAGCUGGACUUCGUCAAAAAGUUUAGAGCAAAAGCGGCAAAAACUCGGUUUACAAAUGAGUUGAAACAUGUUCUCAGAGAUUUACUGGAUGACUACUUUCCUGCCGACGCCGAUGAUAUCUGUAACGGGAGAGUUCAUCUUGGAAUCACUGAAAUGUCAGGGAAGCACCCGAAAUUCGGAAUUCAUGAAAAGUCUGUUAUUAAAUCUCAGUUCGAAAACAAGGAAGAUUUCGUCAACACUGUUCUUGCUUCAUGUCUUGUUCCCUACUGGGCGGGAACUGUUCCCGUGACGAUGAGUGGGAAAAAUUAUUAUGACGGCGGAUUCACAGACAAUUUACUGGAUAUUUUCCCAUCUAAAACUGUUCGAAUACAACCAUUUUCAACCUCCUCAAACGAUGCGAAUAUUUGCCCAGCAAAAAAAUACGCGAGAAACGUACGCCUUGUCGCUGGAAAACACUUGACAUUCUAUCUGACAUCAGAGAACUUCGAACGUCUUCUUUACCGAGCCUUGUUUGGUGGGAAUGAUCAGUGGAUGGAUAAAAUUAUGAACCAAGGUCAACACGAUGCUACUGUUUGGCUUGAAAAAUAUGUGAAAUAA